CCUCUUCCUCAUGAUCAACCUCAUCAUCCUCAGCCUCCUCCUGCCGCGGCGAGCCUCGGUCGACGUCGCCGCCGCAAACGCAAAAGGAGCUUCGGGAUGAUGCCUGCGUCCCUCGGGGGGAUGCUCUAAAUGGGCCACGCCGUGCGGAAAGACGCUUUAGAAGAGGAGCAAGAGCGAGCCGGGAGGCAGGAGGGAUGUUUGGCUCUUUGUGGCGCUCUGUGAUCCUUCUCGGCUUGCUGUGCACGUCCCCCGUUCGAGCCGGCGACCGCGCUGGCUGUAAGGCGCAGCGUUUAACAGCCGUGCGGAAAUGCGCGUGCAGAAGCAGGAAGAUGAGAAGACUAAUGAGCAAGCCGCCACUCGCCAAAAGGUCUCGGUGUGCUUCAUUACGCUCGUUAUUAACGGAAAUGAAAGAUGGCGCCGGUGGGCAGGGAGGCGAUGAUCUGACGCAAAAGCCUCCUGUCGGCUCCGCUCAAUGUGACCAUCAAGGAGAUCGAGGUCAACUCGGCCGUGGUCACAUGGGAGACUCCGGAGGGAGACCCCGUCAUCGGAUUUGCCGUCACGCAACAGAAAAAGGACGUGCGCAUGCUGCGCUUCAUCCAGGAGGUGAACACCACCACGCGCUCGUGUGCCUUGUGGGGACUGGACGAGGACACCGAGUACAUCGUUCACGUGCAGAGCAUAAGCGUGGGAGGAAGCGGUCCCCCCAGUGAGCCCGUUUUCUUCCGAACCCCCAAAGAAUCCGAGAAGCUGGCGUCCAUGAGUCCGGACGAGCUCACACUGGAAGAAAUGGGCCAGGCCGCUCAACUCCGGGCGGGCGAGGUCAUCAUCAUCGCAGGGGUUCUUGUCAUGUGGGCAGGCGUGAUUGCCCUGUUCUGCCGCCAGUACGACAUCAUCAAAGACAACGAGCCCAAUAACAACAAAGACAAGGCCAAGAACUCGUCGGAGUGCAGCACUCCCGAGCAUCCGCAGGGAGGUCUCCUGCGCAGCAACGUUUAACAUCCGCUCGCCGUCUGCCCGCCCUGCAAUAACUUCAAAUCUCAGGACAGAGCCUGAGAGGCGUUCUGCAGCCAAAACGUGCUGGACUACAGAUGCAACGUUCAACUGCUCUUGGCAUAGUGAAGAACUGUUGGGAAAACUUCUGAUCAAGUGCAAUCAAAAGGCUUCCGACAAGGGAACAAUGGAGGAUAAAGGGGGUUUGCUGCGCUUACACUUCCCGAUUGUCUCAUCUGUUGGUUUUUGCGGCUGCUGCCCUCAGUUGAUCUUUUUGUCACCACUUACCUCCAUCCUACUGGCUUGUGGGUGCCCUUGACAUUUGGGGGAAGACAAUAUGACAAGGUUUUUUUUUGUUUGUUUCACCGUCUUUCCCUUCCACCGGCCAACAGCGGCCGUGACACACGCGCAGAUUGCGAUGAUUUUAUAAGUGACGUCUCACUACUUUUUCAACAAGCUUCCAUGCACUCGGAUGUCCGGGAGCUACUUGAAAACAUUUAAAUGGCUGCAAUGCGGAAUGGCGACAGGUUGAGCGUACUGUCAGGACAUCCUUGAGAAUAAUACAUGCAUAGGCACAAGAUUGACCUUGAGUUGUUUUGUUUUUUUUUGCACCGCGGCAUUGAUGUGAUCAAAUACGAUGCUAUCUACGGUAUAUUUGUGUAUGACUUCUCGGUCUUCAGUGAAACCAAAUGUAUUUACAAAAAGCCGGUGGAGAAUCGUGCUGUGAAAAUUCCACUAUAUACCAAAUAAUAUGCACAUAUUCUGUAAGAGGAAAGAAAAAAAAAUAAGAACAACAUUCAUAGUCAUGUUGACGUGUUAUUUACAAAGCAAAUGCAACAUGAAAAAUGUUCACAUUUUUAUCGGUGCACCCAUUCGCGGGCACCGCAGUGGUGCACCAGUAAGAUUGUUGUUCUACUCGCGCAGCUUCGUCGUUCCAUCGGCACGCGCAAUCAUUAGAAAGAUCCGGAAAACUGUCAGCGAAAGACGUCGUUGGUCUAUUUGUGCGCUCUUGUCAACCGACAGCGCUCAUCAUUCUACUGGCGGGCUCAACAGUCUGAGCUAGUUAAGAUGUUCAGCACACUAGGCCAUGGCGGCCAUUCGACUGGUGCGCCGGAGUCGUUCCACUAGCGUGCAUCGUUGUCAUACAGAAGUGGAAAACGGCGCCAGUAAGAUAAUAGUUCUAUUAAGGUGGACUUGUCGUGAUACUACUGUACAUCGUGCGCUAAUGGGGAGAAAAAAAAAAGUCACUCAUGAGACAUUUGUGCCACUAGUGCGCCCGAGUCGUUCAACUUGGCCACCUCGGUUAUACCGGCCUGCAUAACUGUCAUACAGUAAUGGACAAAAGAGUCACUAGUAUAACGUCGUCAUUCACUAGCGUGCGUCAUUUUGUCGUUGUCGAUUUUGUCCACUUGUCCGCCAUAUUUGUUCGACGGGUGCGCGUAGUUGUCAGCGGUGCAUUCAACUCGCGGUUCCUAGAGUCAGUCUACUACUGUGCCCCCCAAUUAUUCAACUAGUUCCAGCAGAUUAACUUUGACUAGUGCACCCCAGUUAUGAUACUAACUGGCAUUUGGUAGGAUAAAAAGGGCGGAGUCAUUCUACGAGUGCGCAUAUGUUAUCAGACCGUAAUAAGAACACAGGCGUUCCCCCUUGUGUGUUCGACUUUGUCUUGCAUCUCUGUGAAGUGAGGCAAAAUGGAGGGCACUCCUGUGGUUGUGUCAACAUUUUUAUUUUUUUUGGAGCACAUCAUGUUCAAGUGUCGACACGAUUGCCAAACACGCUCGUGAAAUAAACAUAUCGACAUCAACUUCAAUCAUUUUUUUUUAGUUAAUUUUCUCCAUUGUCAGGUGAGGAAAUGAAAUAAUACGCCCAUCCUAUUUUCCAAGAAAAUGUGAAUGUCACAAGUAUGUACUGUACGACAUGAUCAAGAAAUAAAUAUUUUUCAUGUA